AUGAAAAGAAAAAGGCAGGAAGGGAGAGCGUCCCAACCGGAGAAAAAACAGAAAAUUUUGGAGGAACCAAUUCACGGUCCUCGACCUAUCGUUAAUCAGUUCCUUUGUUUUGCGGAAAAAUGUUUACCUUGUAAGGUGUUGUUGGAUACUGGUGCAACUGGUCCUGUUUUGUCUGCUGUUUUUGUUGAUAGUUUUGAGGUCCCGAAGGUGAAACGAGACGUCCCGGCCCGGGUAUUUGGAUUUACGGGAGAAGUUAUGAAGGGCACGGGACACGCCUUUACACAACCAUUAAUUAUAAUGUCAAGGGGGCACCAAACGCAACUAUCAUUUGAGAUCGCCCCUCUCCCGGUUGGCAUUGAUGCGAUCCUACCAAACUGGUGGUUGAAAGAACACAAGCCGGUACUAGGGGCAAAUGGGGAAGUUUCCUACGAUGGUGAGAACUGCAAGAGUCGAUGCUUCACUGACAAGGAACCUCAAAUAGAAAUGGACGAGGGUGUACUGGACGAUCCGGAGGCUCAAUUCAUCGGUAGCAUCUGUCUAUUGGAAGAUGAAUCGGUCAACCUCCGCAAAACUCUUCCCUCUUGGCUCCAUGGGUUCCUUAAAGUCUUCCUACCAUCGGAAGCCGACAAACUACCACCGCAUCGAUCCUACGACCAUGCGAUAGAUCUCGAACCAGGAAAACAGCCACCAUGGGGACCCGUCUACUCCCUAUCCGAAGUCGAACUGAAGGUGCUUCGGGAGUACCUGGAUAAAAUGCUGCGAUUGGGAAAGAUUCGGCCGAGCAAAUCCCCAGCAGGAGCCCCAAUCCUAUUUGUGAAGAAGAAGGACGGUAGUCUGCGACUUUGCUUUGACUACCGUGGACUUAACCGUGUGUCCAUUAAGAACAGGUAUCCGUUACCGCUUAUGGACGAACUACGAGAUCGAGUGGCAGGCGCGGUUAUCUUCUCGAAGAUUGACCUGAAGGAAGGUUACAACCUCAUCAGGAUCAAAGACGGCGACGAGUGGAAGACAGCCUUCCGUACGCGGUAUGGACAUUUUGAGUACCUCGUCAUGCCUUUUGGGCUGGCAAAUGCGCCGACGACCUUCCAGAACAUGAUGAAUGAUGCGCUGAGAGAAUUCUUGGAUCAAGGUGUAGUAGUAUACCUUGAUGAUAUCCUAAUAUAUAGCAAGUCUCGAGAGGAGCACAGAGAGUUGGUCGGUAAAGUCCUUAGUAGGCUACAAGAAUACAAUCUGGUCGCCAACCCGAAGAAAUCAUUCUUCGAGCUCACCGAAAUCGAGUUCCUCGGAUACAUCCUUGCCCCAGCAGGCGUCACCAUGGCACUGGAUAAGGUCAUGUCUGUUACGAAUUGGCAAGCCCCGCGCAGCGUUAAGGAAGUACAGAUCUUCAUGGGCUUUGCCAACUUCUACAGAAGGUUUAUCCACAAUUUCUCCGGGGUCUGUAAACCUAUUACCGAUUGUCUCAGGGGUGAUGCUAAGAACUUUGUCUGGUCUAUGACGGCCCAAGCAGCCUUCGAAAAACUCAAAACCCUAUUUACGUCUGCGCCGAUCUUGGUACAUUUUUCUCCAGAUCGCCAGACUAUCGUGGAAACGGACGCAAGUGAUUUUGCUAUCGCCGCAAUUCUAUCCCAGGUUAUUGACGGAAAGACUCACCCUGUUGCCUUUUAUUCUCGAAAACUUAACCCAGCGGAACUCAACUACGACGUCUGGGAUAAGGAGAUGCUAGGAAUUGUGUCAGCCUUCAAGCAAUGGCGUCACUACCUCGAAGGACCUAGCCGAACGGUUCUCGUCUAUACAGAUCAUAAGAACUUGGAAUAUUUUUCAACAACCAAGGUUCUUAACCGACGACAGGCAAGGUGGGCUGAGUCUUUGGCGGAAUUUGAUUUCAAGAUUAUUUACCGCCCGGGAACCAAAAAUGGGAAGGCAGAUGCACUAUCGCGACGGCCGGAGUACCGUCCUGAAGGGGGAGGCACGCUUGGGAAACAGCCGAUAGACAGGUUCUUUAAGCCCGGACAGUUGGCGGAGGAAGAGUUUGUGGUAUCAGCGGUGUCGCUUGCCUCCAAGGGAGUGAUUGACUGGUCUAAGAAUUUUCUGGAUCACGUCAGGCAGGCGGCAUCGGGAGACCCGACAUGGGUAGGAAUGAAAGAGAGAGUUGAGCAAGGAGAGAAGCUGGGGGAAUUGAAGGAUAUUGCUGAGAAAGACGGGCUACUCUUUUAUAAGAACCGACUCUACAUUCCGGCAGACGACCGUAUCAAGAUCCGAAUCGCACAGGCAGAACACGACUCGAAGGUGGCAGGACACUUUGGACAAGACAAAACGUUGGAACUUAUCACGCGCAACUUCUAUUGGCCAAAAAUGAACGAGUGGAUUGAUGAUUACGUUCGGUUAUGUGACGAGUGCCAGCGCAACAAACCCAGCCGCCAUAAGAAAUACGGUGCGCUUCUUCCACUGUCCACGCCACAUUCUGUCUGGCAAUCAAUAUCAAUGGACUUCGUCGUGCAGUUACCGGAAUCUGUAACGGGGGUCCUUUCUAAGAGAAAUAGAUUUGUAUAG